CUAGUGUCUGUGUGCCGUCUAGUGUCUGUGUGCCGUCUGUCUUUCUUCUCGUCCACGACACUACUUGAAGAGUGACGCGUCUGCCUUCGGCUCCUUGUUCCUGCGGCUUUCAGCGAAUCACUCCUCCCACCAUCGAUUCGGCAGACAGCCUUGGUACUUCUCUCACCACCGUUCUAGAGCUACUCUCGCACCACCAUGAACGCGGUGCAGAGCUUAGUAGACAAGAAGAGGUGGCUUGAAGCGGCCCAAUACGUGGUCGAUAAGGGGCAGUACGCAACGGUGUCUCAACUCAAGAACGAGGAAGCCAGAGACCACGAGGACGAUUCCCUCUCAGACGAGGACUGCCCUAGCCUUGACCAGCGUGUGGUAUACGGGCUAAUCAUGUCGAUCAAAAAUCCUAAAGAUAAGGAGAACGCCAAGAGGUUGGCCUACCAGCGGCUAGGAAAGCCACUAACAUCGUACAAGCGGCUUAUUUUAUUGAGGGAACCGCAAGAAGGCAAGGCCUUCUACAUAAUCGCUGCCAACGACACGGAAGCGUAUCGCCUGUUCACAAUACCGAACGUGGCAUUCGUCGGUGCCUGGGUUGCCAUCUACGAGCCUCAGGCGGAUGGUUCAAUUCAUGGAGUUCCUGUGCUGAAAACGGCAACAUCACUUGUGCCCAUUGACCUAUCCCCAUCAACUUCGCUCAUUUCUCUAAACAGUACGGUCGGUGGAGUUACAGCCAGUGAGCCUGUGCAAACCUUCCUACUUGAAGUACCGGCAGCGAGAGUGAAGUUUGAAGCUGCGGGGCUCGUGAACGCAUGCUCCUCGCUUAUGUGCGAUAGCGGAGAAAAAGCCACGUCAAGUGAAGCGAAGUGUCCGGCAAUGGCUGGGGGCCGAGCAGGAGCCAAAGCCCUGAAGUGCUCGGUUACCGUGCGAAAGCACGGUAUCUACCGUGUGGACUAUUGCAGUGAGGUGCUGGCAAAGCUUUUCAUCUCGAAGACGGUCCUACAGUCAGACGACGUCGACCAAGACUUGGUCCGAGAAGGAAUAACCGAACUAAUGAAGCAACUUGCUGCAAAGGGAGUUAAUUUCGUUGUUGGGGGUUGGUAUAAGCUGUCGACGACGACGGCGGAAUGCCCAGGAGAGGCCGCCGCGCAGAAGCGCAAUGUCCAUAUCUCGACGAUUCGGCCCAACAAGCUCCUUAGAAAUGACGAACUAAUCCAGCCGCCAACUCCUGUGAUUCGUAGACCUCCAGUAGCCACCCCAAGCGCCGCCGUGCCUAAUGUUAACAUGGCUCGUUUCAUGACCGGAAACCUUACCGAGUCCUCGGAUGAUGAACUUCAAGUUCAGGUACACCGACCCAGUAUCGGAGCAGUUGCUGGCACCUCUGGUAACACGCGACGUAAAACCCUGCAAGCGGCGAAGACUAAGAAACAACGCACACGGGAACAGGAAGACGAGGCCAUAACGUUGGAAGGACAAGAAGAUAUAUAUGAAGACGAGAUUACGUUGGAGGUAGAGGAGAAUUAAUCCUUGGCGAAUAAAAUCAAAUAUGACUUCGUUUUUUUUUCAUUUAAUAGAGA